CUGUGUAUGAAUCCGAGCGUAGACGUGGAACCAGAUUUGUAGCUGUCGCUGCAGGACAGAUGGUUGUUUAUGUACUAAUUUGAAGUUGGUUAAAUAUAUUAAUAUAAUAUGCGGUGGUAGAGUAAGUUAUUGGGCGUUUGAAGGAUUUUUUCGAGCUAGUUUAGAGGUUAGCAGUGUGUGAAGCUGUUAGGAGGAACUGUGUGCUCGGUGGAAGUUAAAGGGGAAAGCUAACGCAGGGACACUCCGGAGGAAUCACUGCACGGUAUAUUAGGUGAUCUUCAGGAUUCUCGGCGAUUAGAUCCAGCACCCAGCUGCCGCUAUGGCGCCCAUGGGGAUCCGGCUGUCCCCUCUUGGAGUGGCGGUGUUCUGCCUGCUCGGGCUCGGCUUCCUAUACCACCUCUACUCCGGGGCCCUGUCCAGCAGACUGUCCGCGUUCAAGCAGAGGAAGACGGUGGAUCUGAGAGAUCUCCUCGCCUUGUCCAUGGAGGCUGCGGUGCAGGGAGGAUGGGAGGUGAAGCGCAUCCGCAUGGAGGACACACUGGAGGAAAAAUCCAAGGGCAAAACCAAAGAAGGAGCCUCGGAGAAGCUCACCAAGGGGGAUUUAAACUCGCACAGAAAAAUGUACUACCUGAUCAAAAACACCUACCCUUACAUCCAGGUGAAUUCUGAGGAACACGAGAACUCGGACGGCGAGGCCACCGUAUGGACGCGGAACAUCCCGGAUGAGGUCCUGAGCAAGAUCCCGGAGGGGAAAGUGGUACCUGCGGAGAGCGUGACGGUGUGGAUCGACCCGCUCGACGCCACGCAGGAGUACACAGAAAACCUGCGGAAGUACGUCACCACCAUGGUGUGUGUGGCUGUGAACGGGGAACCUGUUGUAGGUGUCAUCCACAAACCUUUCACCGGCUUCACAGCCUGGGCCAUGGUGGGCGGAGGAGCGAACGUGGCACCUCGAGACUCCUACAACGCCAACGCCCCUAAGGUCAUAGUGUCACGCUCUCACGCGGGCAAAGUGAAAGGCUUCAUUCAUCAGGCGUUCGGGAACAAUACCGAGAUCAUACCAGCAGGGGGCGCAGGAUAUAAGGUUCUCGCUCUGCUGGACGCCUCUGACGACGAUUACGAGAAGGCAGACAUGUAUGUCCACGUGACCUUCAUCAAGAAGUGGGACAUCUGUGCCGGAAACGCCAUUUUGAAAGCGUUGGGCGGUGACUUGACCACGCUGAAGGGAGAGGAGAUCGAUUACUCGGGCUCGGAGAAGAACCCGGGCGGCGUCCUCGCCACCGUCGGCAUGGAUCACGCCGCCGUGGUGAAAAAGCUCCCGGCCUGGGACAAUGAGAACAAAAACUGACGAGGAACGGGACGGGUACUACAGACUGAGCGCUCUGGGACUGGAGACGGAACGCAGAACCGGUGUUCGACACGCAGACACGGGAGCUUCCGCGGGCUCCUCCGGGUGCGUGUGCGUGCUGAGCUUUUAACGGCGUUUAACUUCUCCUGGACUAACUUUGGACGACGCGCAGGGUUCUCGGUAUGGCCGCGUCGUUCCUUAUCUCCACAUCUCCACACCGUUUGGACACAAACUUCCGUGAUCCUGGGUUACGAUUCUGUCUGCGAGUGCAAUGCUAGGAGGGAUGCAUCGAUACCGCUUUUAAAGACGGGUACGAGUAGGCGUUGUGGGUUUUUGUUUGUUUGUUUGUUUGUUUGUUUUCUCGUCGAUACCGAUCCCGACGUGAGUAGCGUUAAUCAAUCAGGAGCACCGUGAAUUAUUUUCUUUAGCUCUGUUUAUUCUGUCGAGCGAAGUGUCGCGCAGGUCUCAGUGCUCGCUUGACCGAACCGCUCUCGCAUCCUUUGCCUUUGCGUGCAGCACAUACGUUCACGUGGAAUCGGAUGUAGGUAUUUUUUUCCGAGUACGAGUUCACGAGCGUGCUACCGGCGUCGUAUACGCGAUACCAGUGUCGGGAUCGAUGCAUCCCUGCGUACUGAAGAACAGGGUGUUAUGCGUGUUUAAAUAUUCCGUUAAAAAAAAAAAAAAAACACAUCAUGGCACGAUGAAAUCCUCAGACCUCAAGACAAACUCCACCUACUUAGGAGCACAGACUCCGCCUACUCACGUAGCCUCGUCUCAAACGAGGGGGGGCGAGGGCGGAAAACGUUCCAAGUGUCCGUAACGACGGUACGAUUCGAACGUUUCGGUUCUCACCCUUUCUGAAUAAUUUUGCAUGCCAUCACGUGCCCUCAGUUUACUCGUCUAUAAAGGGUGCGUCCAGCGAAUCGCACGAUUUAGUCGAUCAGCUGACACGCACGUUAACAUCCACUUCCUGCCCCAGAUUUCCAAGACGGCCGCCUCUGUAACGUUCAGUCUGUGUUUAGAGCUGACGCGUCCAAAGACCUUUGAGGUGAUGUAGAGGUUUCUACUGAAGAAUUCGGAUGACAGAGGGGCGUCGAUUCACAGGUUUAUCCUAACGCGCUCGUUCUAAUACCGUUAUCGUUUCUAUAGUAACGGCUCGUACAGACAGGCGCUCGACGUGCGUGACCGCACGAUGCUUUACGGAAGGAGUCUCCGGUGUCGGCGCUCGAUCCUUUUCCUAUAACAGCACGCCCCCCGAGUGUGCGCUUUCUUCAAAACGUCGCGCGGCGUACAGACCGCGCCUCGGCUGAUCGACUACGUUUAUUCGUUUCCCCACUAUUCCCCGUAUUCGUCUUUCGCUAAGCUGUUCUUUUUAAUCGUGUCGUUUGUAAGAUAUUCUAAUUAUUCUAACAGGGUCCGUGCUGAUCUUUUCUUUUGAGAGCUUUGAGAAAGGUUGUAAUAUUUUCAGGUGUGUAUGGGUUUUUUUUGUUUGUUUGUUUUUUUUUUUUAAAUAAACGGCGGACGGCCGAGCGGGCGAUCCUGGUUUUACUUUAGUACUCACCGUGAUGUCUAGCGGUCACAUGAGUGCCCCGCCCGUCGCCCGCCCUGAAGUGGCACGCAUGAAACCGGAGCUUAAAUACGGCACCUGCUAAUGAAGAGUUGUUUGCUGUUAAAACCCUGCAUGCGCUCAGUUCUAUAUGACCGAGGCAUGUCGUGUGAUGUCAUCGCCGUACCUUUUAAUUUAAUUUUCAUUUUUGGGUUCUAAUAAAGAGCGUUUUGUUGUU